AUGAAAAAUUCAAAUUUUCAUAAUAUAAAAAAUGUAUUUAAUUUAUGCGCUAAAAAUAAUGAAUCUAUACCUAUACUUAUUGAAAAUAGUAAUUUUAUUUUUAAUCAAUCAAAUUUUUGUAUAAAACAAACAAAUUUAUGGAUUUUAUUAAUUGUACAUACUCAUCCAAAUCAUCGUCAAAAACGUGAUUUAAUUCGUGGAACAUGGGGAUCAUUAAAUCGUGUAAAUAAUCGUAAAAUUGGUGUUUUAUUUUUUAUGGGUUUAUCAAAUGAUUCUAAUGAACAGAAAUUAAUUGAAGAAGAAGAAAAAAUUCAUGGUGAUAUUGUUCAACGAUCAUUUCUGGAAGAUUACUACAAUAUGACGAGGAAACAUAUAACCAUUAUGGAGUGGAUUAGUGAAGGUUACUGUAACAAUGUGCCAUUUUUAGUCAAAGUUGAUGAUGACACCUUUGUCGAUAUAUUUCAUUUGACACGCUACUUAGAAUUAAAACAUAACGACCUAAAGGGUUUAUUCUACUGUACUGCUACAAGUAAUGUUAAAGUUGUACGACCAAACAGUGUAAAACAUUCCAAGUGGCAAAUAAGUGAAAAAGAAUAUCCCGAAAAAAUAUUUCCAACAUAUUGUGAAGGCUUUGGAUAUAUCAUGGAUAUGAAACUGGCUCCCUACUUAUACUGGUGUUCAAUGUUUCAACCACCUAUAUGGAUAGAUGACGUUUAUGUAACGGGAAUUUUAGCACAAAAUUUAGGUAUACCAAGAUUGCGAUUUGAAGAUGGACAUAGUUAUUUUAACUUGAAACCUGCAAAAGAAGAAGGUUUACUUGCAGACUCUAUAUUCUUAGUAUCAUUCUAUAAUGAAUUCUAUCCACUUACAGUACAAGAUAUAUGGCGUGAAGUUGUUGCACAUAGUAUGGAAAUUGAUUAA